AUGGACAAUGGGGAGCUUGAUCAAAUAUUAUCAUGUUUGGAUACUGUAAAUGCUCAAGCCAGUUGCUCAUUUGACAUAGACGAGUUUCUCAGUCGGACACAGGCCUGCAAUGAUUCUCUUGGUCGGACAGAGGCCUGUACUGAUUCUAUUGGCCGUACACAGGCUUGCACCCAUGCCCAUGCUUGCAAAACAGAUGGUCCUGAUAACUCCCACACACACACUUGUUACCAUAUCCACACCCAAGUUGUGCCUGCCCCUAGUGAAGCUCCAUCCCCAAGUGAUGAUACUGCAGAGUCAGUAGAGAAUAAAUCUAAGAAACGCCCUGUAGGUAAUCGUGAAGCCGUACGCAAGUAUCGCGAGAAGAAGAAAGCUCGUGCUGCAUCAUUGGAGGAUGAAGUUGUUAGACUGAGAGCUUUGAAUCAGCAGCUAAUGAAGAGGCUUCAAGGUCAAGCUCUGUUGGAGGCCGAGAUUGCUAGGCUCAAGUGCUUGCUCGUGGACAUUCGAGGAAGAAUUGAAGGCGAAAUUGGAUCUUUCCCUUACCAGAAGCCCCCUAAGAGUGGUGAUGUCUAUCAAUACCUUGUAAAUUCUAGUCCUGGUACCUAUGUGAUGAAUCCAUGUAAUACGCAGCACAACGAUCAGCUUCAUUGCCUUCAUCCGGGAUUAGAAAGUGCUGCAUUAAAUGGUCAAAGCCUCAGUGACUGUGGAUUUGACACACUGCAAUGUUUGGGGAAUCAAAAUUCUGGUCUUAAGGCUCCUCCUGGUUGUGAUAUUGGCAGUGGUAAUGGUGUGUCUACUGGAAAUACAUCCAGAGGGAAUAGGAGAAAAGGAGGGGCGCGUGUGGCAACAGCUAGUUGA